AUGUGGGAUCUUGCUCUUGCCCAAGCAGAAUUUGCUUACAACAGUGCUAUCCAUAGCUCCACCAAGAUGUCACCGUUUGCAAUUGUCUCCCGGAAGGUACCUGCCCAUACUCUUGAUCUUCUUUCCCUUCCAGCAGGUGUAGAAAAGAGCAUCGCAGCCAAUAAUUUGGCUACCGAACAUGUGGAGGAGUAUGGCGGAGGACAGAAGAAGCUUGAUUUGCAAAAGAUUGGCCCAUUUCAGAUAUUCAAGAAGAUUAAUGAUAAUGCCUAUGUACUUGACCUGCACGAAGACAUGAAGAUUUUCAGGACUUUUAAUGUUGCUGAUUUGUUUCCUUUCUAUUCUGAUGAUGAUCACUUGAGGUCGAGUCCUUUUGAAGGAGGGAUUGAUGCGAAGCAACUAGCACUUAAAUAUAUGGAAGACUUUGAUCGUUGCAAAUCCAAGAAGAAGGGGCAUGGCAGUGCCAUUUCCAGCACGCCCGUGCCAGCCUCUGAGAGUCUAGGACGCGAGGCACGCUCAAGCAUGAGGAACACAGGCACACCCGUGCUACAGCCAGACCCACCCGUGCUAGCCUCUAGAAGUCUAAGCACGCCCGUGCUAAUGAGUCCUUGA